AGGCCAUGUGGCCCGGAAGUAAUUCUCCGUAGCUUGCACUCCGGCUGCUGAAAGAAGCCCCUUUGCGGUGUACUUACCGGCGGCUCUCUGUUCAGCCUCCGCGGUGGUCUUUCCCAUACAAACAUGUCCCGAGGCUCCAGCGCCGGCUUUGACCGGCAUAUUACCAUUUUCUCCCCCGAGGGACGCCUCUACCAAGUGGAGUAUGCGUUUAAGGCCAUAAAUCAGGGUGGCCUUACAUCAGUAGCCGUCCGUGGGAAAGACUGUGCAGUUGUUGUCACACAGAAGAAAGUACCUGAUAAGCUUCUGGAUUCUAGCACAGUGACACACUUAUUCAGAAUAACUGAAAAUAUUGGAUGUGUAAUGACAGGAAUGACAGCUGACAGUCGGUCUCAGGUGCAGAGAGCCCGCUAUGAAGCCGCAAAUUGGAAAUACAAAUAUGGUUAUGACAUUCCAGUAGAUAUGCUGUGCAAAAGGAUUGCAGACAUUUCUCAGGUCUAUACACAGAAUGCUGAAAUGAGGCCUCUUGGUUGCUGCGUGAUUAUGAUUGGCAUUGAUGAAGAAAACAAUCCUCAGGUAUACAAGUGUGACCCUGCAGGAUACUACUGUGGAUUUAAGGCAACAGCUGCAGGAGUCAAACAGACUGAAUCAACUAGCUUUCUUGAAAAGAAAGUAAAGAAAAAAUUGGACUGGACAUUUGAACAGACAGUGGAGACAGCAAUAACCUGCCUAUCUACUGUUUUGUCCAUUGACUUCAAACCUUCUGAAAUAGAAAUAGGAGUUGUUACAGUUGAUAAUCCCAAAUUCAGGAUCCUCACAGAAGCAGAGGUUGAUACUCACCUGGUUGCUUUAGCGGAGAGAGAUUAGCUCUGUUUACAAUCUGGAAUUCUCUGACUUCACACCGGAAUACCUGGUUGAAACCAAACUUAAUAAUGGCUCUGGAUUAUCGGUUGAAAAUGGAAUGCUCCUUAUCUCAUGUAUUUCACUCUGUACAAAUAAAACUGAGGUUUUGGAAA